GAUAUUUAAUGUCUUAUUCUAUUUUUUCCAUUUUAUUUACUUUUUUUUUAAAAUUCAAAUGUAUUCACAUUUUUAUUUUUUCGCAAAAUUUCAUUAAUUAUUCCUGGCUGGGACUUUUUAAAAAAAAAUUCUUUGUGUGUUUUUUGCCAAAAGAAGGAACCAUCGGAAGCAAUUCAUGUAUUUUACAAUUGCAAUAAUUUUCAAUUCAACUUCAUUUUAUAACAGCCAGGGAGAAUGCCAGUGAAGAAGAAAGAUACUGAGCGAGCGCUGUCACUUCUGGAAGAGUACUGCAACAAACUGCAGAAACCAGAAGAGAGGCAGCUGAGGCAGGCCAUCGAGAAGGUCGUCCGCAUGUUCAGAAGUAACCUCUUCCAAGCUUUAAUAGAUAUUCAGGAAUUUUAUGAAGUCACGUUGCUCAGCUCCCACAUUGACUAUGAGGAGAAGAUCUCUGAACUGAACCACGUAGCUGAAUUGUGGGAGAAAAACAAUUCUGUAUCUGACGGAGCCGAGAGCCUCCAGAAAGCCUCCGAGCUGGAGGCCCUCAAUGGAUCCAAUGAAUACUCGACCAGCGAUGAUCCCAAUACUGAGAACCAGACGUACGAGGCGACAAAGGCGAAGAGAACGAAAUACCGUUAUCAAGAUGAGGACUCCCCUCCACAUGACCAUUCCUUGCCAAGACUAACCCAUGAUAUGAAAGGUCCUGAGCUCGUCCACGUCUCUGAGAAGAACUUGUCCCAAAUAGAGAAUGUCCAUGGGUAUGUGAUGCAAUCACAUAUAUCUCCUCUAAAGGCCAGUCCUGCACCAAUCAUUGUGAAUACGGAUACUCUGGACACAAUCCCUUAUGUCAGCUAUACUCCAUUCCACGAAAACGCGAUUAAUGGGUCAGAAAUUGAAUAUGAGUUUGAGGAAAUAACAUUGGAACGGGGGAAUUCGGGCCUUGGCUUUAGUAUCGCUGGAGGAAUAGAUAACCCUCAUGUAGGAGAUGACCCGGGAAUAUUUAUUACAAAGAUCAUACCGGGAGGAGCAGCGGCAGAAGAUGGAAGACUCAGGGUCAACGAUUGUAUUCUCCGAGUGAAUGAGGUGGAUGUGUCUGAAGUGUCGCACAGCAGAGCCGUAGAGGCGCUGAAAGAAGCCGGUUCCAUUGUCCGCCUGUACGUACGCAGGAGAAGACCCAUCCUUGAAACUGUUGUAGAAAUUAAACUUUUUAAAGGGCCAAAAGGUUUGGGCUUCAGUAUUGCUGGAGGAGUCGGAAACCAACACAUUCCCGGGGACAACAGCAUUUAUGUAACCAAAAUUAUUGAAGGAGGAGCAGCACAAAAAGAUGGCCGACUACAAGUGGGGGACAGGUUACUAAUGGUAAAUAAUUACAGUUUAGAAGAAGUCACUCACGAGGAAGCCGUAGCUAUUCUGAAGAACACAUCUGACGUAGUUUACCUUAAAGUAGGAAAACCCACCACCAUAUAUAUGACAGAUCCGUACGGACCUCCUGAUAUCACUCACUCCUAUUCACCUCCUCUGGAGAGCCACAUGCUCAGCUCUGCAAACAAUGGCACCUUGGAAUACAAGAGCUCAUUGCCGCCAAUCUCUCCGGGAAGAUACUCUCCGAUCCCAAAGCACAUGCUUGUGGAGGAUGACUACACCAGGUCUCCGGAGCCUGUAUACAGCACUGUCAAUAAACUCAGUGACAAGCCUUCCUCUCCGAGACAAUAUUCCCCGGUGGAAUGUGACAAAAGCUUCCUUCUCACGUCUCCGUAUCCUCAUUUCCACGGAGGUCUGCUUCCAGAGUCCGAAAUUUCCAGGGAACCUCGGAAAGUCAUUCUACACAAAGGCUCCACAGGCCUGGGCUUUAAUAUCGUCGGCGGAGAGGAUGGAGAAGGGAUUUUCAUCUCUUUUAUCCUGGCCGGAGGACCUGCAGAUCUGAGCGGGGAGCUGCAGAGAGGAGACCAGAUUAUAUCCGUUAAUGGAAUCGAUCUUCGCGGUGCUUCCCACGAACAAGCUGCGGCCGCCUUAAAAGGUGCAGGUCAGACGGUCACCAUUGUAGCACAAUACCAGCCUGAAGAGUACGCUCGAUUUGAAGCAAAAAUCCAUGACCUACGUGAGCAGAUGAUGAAUCACAGCAUGAGUUCUGGGUCCGGCUCUCUGAAGACAAACCAGAAGCGUUCCCUCUACGUGCGAGCCAUGUUUGACUACGAUAAAAGCAAGGACAGUGGUCUCCCGAGCCAAGGCCUCAGCUUUAAAUAUGGAGACAUCCUACACGUAAUCAAUGCGUCCGAUGAUGAAUGGUGGCAAGCCAGAAGAGUCACACAGGAUGGAGACAGCGAAGAGAUGGGCGUUAUACCCAGCAAGCGGAGGGUUGAAAGGAAAGAACGGGCAAGAUUGAAAACUGUAAAGUUUAACGCAAAGCCCGGAGUGAUUGAUGCCAAAGGGUCAUUCAAUGACAGGCGUAAAAAGAACUUCAUCUUUUCACGAAAGUUCCCAUUCUACAAGAACAAGGAGCAGAGUGAACAAGAAACAAGUGAUCCUGACCGAGGACAAGAGGACUAUAUUCUGUCAUAUGAACCAGUGACCAGGCAGGAGAUUAAUUACACCAGGCCGGUCAUUAUUCUUGGUCCUAUGAAAGACCGGAUCAAUGACGACUUGAUAUCUGAGUUUCCUGAUAAGUUUGGCUCAUGUGUCCCUCAUACGACGAGACCAAAGAGAGACUACGAGGUGGAUGGAAGAGAUUACCAUUUUGUCAUAUCUCGGGAGCAGAUGGAAAAGGAUAUUCAAGAGCACAAAUUCAUAGAGGCCGGGCAAUACAAUGAUAAUCUAUAUGGAACUAGUGUACAGUCUGUCAAGUUUGUGGCAGAAAGAGGAAAACAUUGUAUUCUAGAUGUAUCGGGAAACGCUAUCAAGCGACUACAAGUAGCACAACUUUACCCUAUAGCGAUCUUCAUAAAACCCAAAUCUGUGGAGUCAUUAAUGGAAAUCAGUAAGCGUCUGACAGAGGACCAAGCAAGGAAAACCUUUGAUCGCGCACUGAAAUUAGAACAGGAAUUUGGAGAAUUUUUUACAGCAAUCGUUCAAGGCGACACUUUGGAUGAUAUAUAUAAUUCGUGCAAACUGGUAAUCGAGGAUCAAUCUGGACCCUUCAUCUGGGUUCCUUCAAAGGAGAAGUUAUAACUUAGCAACUAAUAUUAAAUCAACAAGAACUUCGAGGAAUUCACCUUUUUUUGCUGUUUUGUUGUCACUUUUUUUCCCUCAAGAUGUUUUGAUGUAAACUAUCUUCUCGAGGUCCGUGAAUUUUUAACGAAUGUAAGUACAAAAGGCAUAGGACAGAAUUCUGGAUCUUCAAAAAAAAACAACUGACUGUUAUGUUGUUGAUGGGACCACUAAUGCAUGGACAGUAAGUAGAUGCUGAUCCCUCUAUCACUUAUCAGAUUACAUAUACAGAAGAAGCUUAAUGCCCCAAGAUCUCCAGACCUCCAUCGUAUGCGCCUGGCAUGGAACGCAAGUGGACAAUACAUUUGACACGCUGGACUUGAUGUGUCAAUUGCUCUAGUGAAAAAUCUUAAUUCAGCUACUUAAGCUUCUUUUCACUCA